AUAAAAAUUCAUAAAAAUAAUAAACAUUAGCAUGAAUUACAUGUAGAUUAUCAUGCAAGCUAUCAUGUUUAAAAAAAUUAAUGUUGUAGUUAGUAUUUCCUAGAGUUGUCCAUGAGCCGAGUUGGGUCCUAACAAAAUACUAGACCCGAUUGAUAGGCCUAGGCCCAACCCAAUCGAAAAUAGGUCUAAACUUUUUUCCAAGUCCGACUCAGAUAAAAAAUGUUAAAAUCAGGACAUAGACUGUUCGUAUUAAUUUUUUUAAAAUUUAUUUUUAUAUAAAAAAUUAAAAAAAUAUAAUACAUCAAAAACAUUAAAAUAAAUGUUUCCCAACAAAUUGAAACUAAACUUUAAAAAAUCUUUAUACUUAAAUAACACUAAGAUAGUUGUAACUUAACAAGUAAAUACCUCUAAAAUAGUAGCAAAAUUAACAAUAAAAUAAGAGUUAUACAAUAUCCAAACAAUAACAACAAUAUAAUAACAAUAUAAUAGUGAAAUGACAGCAAAACAGUAAAAAAAUAAUAUUUUUUUUUGCAAAUUAGGGCUGAGCCAAAAAAAUUAUUCGAGGUCCGGCCCAUUUUAUAAAUGUGUUUUAUUUUGCGCCUAAGCUUAUUUUUCGAGCCUAUAUUUUUGCCUAAACCCUCCCAUUUUGGACUAGGCCGAGUGCCCCAACCCAUGGACAAAUAUAGUAUUUUCAUUAAAUAUAAUAUUUUGAUUUUUAAAAAAUUUUUGUUUGACUUAAAUUUGAUAUUUUUAAAAAAAUUGAAAUUUAUUUUAAAAAAAUAAAAAUAAAAGAUAUAAAUGUUAAGGAGUUAAUUUAUGAUUCCUUUUUAAUUAGUUAAAAAGUCUUAUGAUAUGACAGCUAAAGAAUUGCGGUGGUCAAAGAUUAAGAUUCCAAACAAAUCGCACAAUUUAAAAUUGGAGGAGAAACAAAAUUCCUGGAUUUACUUCACAAUGAACAGAGUGUCGGUCCUCGUUUCCACACGUUGAAACCACCAUUUAUUCAGCGUUGAAGUAGUAACGAUUGGUUGGUGGCAAUCAAUUUCAUUUUAACAUGUGUUAAAAAAUAUAUUCAAUUUACGAUCAUUUCAGUGGCUCUGUAUCAAGUAAAAAAUUAAAUUAAAUUAACUGAAAAAGAAAAAAAUAAUAAUCAUGCAAGCAAUUGGAUUCGCCCUAUGCUUGUGUACAGCUUGAACUUGGUGUGUUUGACCAUCCACCAUCCUGGCCUCAAAUUUCCCAUUUUUUUUCCUAAUUACUGUUAUGUGACCAAAAAAAAAACCAUUUCUUGAAUUUGUCAUCAAUGCAUAGCAGUGUGUGAAACCCUCUAUUUGGCCAGUGAAGUUAUCACAAAUUUCCAUUGAUCUGACUUUUAUAUGGGAUCUGAUCUGCAUAUGAUCUUUGAUUAAUCAUUAAAUAAUUCAUAAGGACACAAGAAUCACAGAGAGUGAUUGGUUAUACAGUAAGGAAGAAAGGGAACAGAGAGAAAAAAAAAAAGAAAGAAAGAAGAAAAACAACCCAAUAUAUCCUUUUCCUUUUUCUCCUUUCCGUUGUGAAAAGUACGGUUCAGGUCAGCCAAAAAAUGGGUGUUCCAUCUCAUACAGUUGAAAAUGGGAGCGUUUUGGUGGAUUCAGGGCAGUCCCGUCUCAGAGAGCUUGGCUACAAACAAGAGCUCAAGCGUGAUUUAUCGGUGUUUUCGAAUUUUGCGUUUUCAUUUUCCAUCAUAUCAGUGCUUACUGGUAUCACCACACUCUACAACACUGGGUUGACUUUUGGUGGACCAAUCUCUUUGGUUUAUGGUUGGUUUAUAGCUGGUGGGUUUACCAUGUUUGUUGGGUUAUCAAUGGCUGAAAUCUGUUCCUCUUACCCAACUUCUGGUGGCCUUUAUUAUUGGAGUGCUAGGCUUGCUGGCCGAAAUUGGGCACCCUUUGCCUCUUGGUUCACUGGCUGGUUCAAUAUUGUUGGUCAGUGGGCUGUUACAACAAGUGUAGAUUUCUCACUUGCACAACUGAUUCAGGUGAUAAUUCUCCUUAGCACAGGUGGAAAAAAUGGUGGUGGAUAUGAGGCAUCUAAAUAUGUAGUCAUUGCUUUCCAUGGGGCAAUUCUAUCUAUGCAUGCUAUAAUAAACAGUCUUCCCAUUUCAGUUUUAUCUUUCUUUGGGCAGCUAGCUGCUGUAUGGAAUCUUCUAGGUGUUGUUCUUCUUAUGAUCCUCAUACCCUCAGUUGCUACGGAGAGGGCUAGUGCCAAGUUUGUGUUCACUCAUUUCAACACUGAUAAUGGAGAGGGAAUAAACAGUAAAGUCUAUAUUUUUGUUCUUGGGCUUCUAAUGAGUCAAUAUACCCUUACUGGAUAUGAUGCAUCUGCUCAUAUGACAGAGGAAACCAAGAAUGCUGAUAAGAAUGGACCAAAAGGAAUAAUUAGUGCCAUUGGGAUAUCUAUUAUUUUUGGAUGGGGUUACCUACUCGGUAUUACCUUUGCAGUUACCGACAUCCCAUAUCUUUUGAGUGAAGAUAAUGAUGCCGGAGGCUAUGCUAUCGCUGAAAUAUUUUACCUUGCAUUUAAGAAUAGAUAUGGAAGUGGUGUUGGGGGAAUUAUUUGCUUGGGAGUGAUUGCAAUUGCCAUAUUCUUUUGCGGUAUGAGUUCCGUUACUAGCAACUCAAGGAUGGUUUAUGCGUUCUCGAGAGACGGUGCCAUGCCAUUGUCAUCUUUGUGGCAUAAAGUAAACAAGCAGGAGGUUCCUAUAAAUGCAGUUUGGCUCUCUGCAUUUAUCUCCUUUUGUAUGGCACUAACGUCUCUAGGAAGCUUGGUGGCAUUUCAGGCCAUGGUAUCUAUUGCAACAAUAGGACUAUACAUCGCUUACGCCCUACCAAUAUUCUUUAGGGUAAGCUUGGGUCGGAAAUCGUUUGUCCCAGGACCCUUCAACCUCGGGCGCUAUGGAGUGGUGGUUGGUUGGAUCGCAGUGCUAUGGGUGGCGACCAUCUCGGUCCUAUUCUCAUUGCCUGUUGCCUAUCCAGUCACCUCUGAGACACUCAACUACACGCCUGUUGCUGUUGGUGGUCUGCUUUUUAUUACUGUUUCUUGGUGGAUCGUUAGUGCUCGACAUUGGUUUACUGGUCCCAUUACCAACAUAUAAAAUACACGUCUUUAAGAUUAAAUAACAAUAAUAGAAAAAUACGUUUUGUUCAUAUAUUUUUAUCAAAUUCAAAUCGCCUUUUAGAUUUUUGUUUAUUAA